AAGUAGCUUACAGGCAAUCAAGGCAGGGCUGGGGGCAAGAAGCAACUAGAAGAUGGAGGCAUCAGGUCUUGCUCCGGAGGAAGUUGUGCUCAGACUCCUCGACGUUAUCGAGAAGGAUAUUGUUCCAAUCACCACGGAAGCCGUCAAGAAGGGGAACAAAGUUUUCGGCGCUGCCAUCCUCAAGCUUGCCGACCUCAGCCUAGUUGUGGCGGGAACCAACACCGAGAUAGAGUGCCCUCUCUGGCAUGGAGAGGUUGCGUGCAUCAAGAACUUUUGGAAUCUACCCGAAGAAGGACGUCCCCUCCCGUCCGAGUGCCUCAUGCUGGCCACCCACGAACCGUGCUCGAUGUGUGUCAGCGCCAUCACCUGGUCAGCCUUCAAGGUGUCGAGUGAUGGGCUCUAUGAUGUUUGGGUAUUCUACUCCGCCGCGUCGACCAACGGACCCAUGAAAUGGCCACCGUUGUAUCCACGGUCCUCCGAGCGGAGGCAGAAUUAUCGUGCGUGUGAAAUACACUUCUUGUUUUCGAUGGAAGACUCGCGGGAUGCUUUCAACAUCCCGCACGACCUGCGAAUCUACCAGGAGGUGUUCAAGUGCGAGCGAGCAACGAGGGAUAACAAGUUCUGGAAGGCGUACGACCUGCCAAAGGUGGUUGAAACCCUGCCAGAGAGUGGAGCGUUGGGGGAAAAGGUGACCAUGCUGAGGGAGACGUACGCCUCGUUGUCGGAGCUGUACCAGGACUCCAAGGGCGGGGCGAGUAGCACGCGUAUCCCUCUUUCCUAGACACGCACAACACAAUGAGAGCCUUUGUCAUGGGGUCAUUUUUCAUGCAGUGCCAUCCAUGCAUUCGGCGGGAGUGCAAGUAUGUUUCUUGGCAUGAAAAUGUACGUUGCACAAGGUUCCCCUUCGGCACGUGGGUGCCAGUCCCCCAGGGGGUAUGACGCAAGACGAAAAGGAAGGUGUGAAGUCAUGGAUUAUAUCGUAGUGUUGGUGUAGUGUCCGUGCACCGCCUCGCAUGUGUUAUGGGACGGUGGGGGUGGAAACGGUUGACCAACGAGGGUAUCUCUGAUUUUGAUGUUGAAGUGCAACUGUUGUGUCUCAUAGGCAUUGGCAGUUGGAUCUCCCAUGAGAUGGAGGUACAAUGAGAAACUUUGGUAGAUCUGAUUUCAUUCCAGCAAUGAUGGAGUUGAGGAAGGUAUUUUCUCCGGAGCCUGGUAUGGGAUUGUGUAGGUUGGUGGAAAUGUGUUGGAUGGGUUGUGCGUUCCGACCAACAAGUGCACAUAUGUUAGGGUCGUCAGAUACUCGAAGGUAGGCAUGCUCCAUCACCGAUUUCGUUUUGUCAGUUUGCUAAGAUCCUUGGCUUUCGUUGUUGGUGUUUUUGUUGCCGUUGCUACUGACGGUACCAUUGCUGUUGGCCGUGGUCAUCGGUAGUACCACAUUGCCGCGCUGUGGCCAUGUUGACUUGUGUAUCACACUUGUACCUCCGUCACCCACUUUGCAAGGCCAUAUCCGCCUCGAACGGUGGUGAAUCCAACCCGUUUGUUGUGACAAGAAGAGCGCCCGGAGCUCGACAAGCAGUAGUACGAGGAGGGGGGCUGUUAGGGUGGUAGUGCAACGUCGUAAGCGCGCUUUCCGUACGAUUGAUGCCCCGCCAUAAGAUACCAAGGAUGGAUUCGAAGGCCCUCCUGUCCAAAGGCGUGCACACCACCCCGUGCCAAUCGAAUUCGGGUCUGCCUCAAUACGCGAAGCUUGUUGUGUUGGAUCGAGUCGAAGGAUAUAUUACCGAAGGUACUCCACGAGGUUUUGGUUGGUGAGGUAUGGGUUCGUCGAGGAAGGUUGGUCCUAGCUUCCACACAAAUGUUUUUUACCUGCACCCCUCCCUGGAUGUUUCCGCGUGCGCGUGGUUGGGACGACCUCACGGAGAGUUGUCCCAAAGCUGCUUCUAUUUUAACGAGUGCUCGCGGGCCCAGCUUUUACUAACUGACUGAGUUGAUUGGUCCCCACGCAAUGUGUUGCCCCUCGUAGGUGUUGAUCGACUGAUUUCGAAUUUGUUGUGGCCAACGCACCUCGCCCCCAUGGCAGCCUCCUCCACACACGGCAUGGAUGGUAUGCAUAAAUUGGCGUUAUCGCUAUUAUUGUGAUGUCUCCCGAGAAGCAAAGGAGGGGGGAAUCGGAGGCCUUCGUUUUUGCUGUCUUCUUGUGUGCCAGUGA